AUGACUCUUCCACGUCCAUGGGCUGACACAGAGUCGGAAGGCACCGAGCCUGAAGACACAGUUUUUCCGAUCUUUGCAUUACCACUGCCUCCCUGGCUUCAACCUCACUAUGCUCGAAAAAAAAGGAGAAAUCGACCACAUCCAUGCGCCGACACAGAGUCAGAAGAAACGACACAAUCGGUCUCGGCGGGAAACCCUCUGACCCUUACACCAAAUGAAUCCCAUCAGUAUCGAGUCGCCGGUCUUCCUCUUGACCAUAGAAUACCAGGAGGUGAUUUUCCCCACGGGCCCGCUGAGGAGACAAAGCUCAAGAAGGUCAAACAUAAGGCAAAGUCAGUCUCGCGAGGUUCGGCAAAGGGUCUAGAUUUACAACACCUCGCAGCACUGAAUGCCGUGCUUCAUCGUUGUCUCAAACAUGGUGAUUACCACCGAGCAGGGAGAGCAUGGGGCCUCCUUUUGCGAGAAAAUUUCAGAGGAUUUCCAAUAGAUGUGCGUCAUGCUGGAACUCAAAUAGGAGAGCUGAUCUUGUUACACCGAGGAGUCAAGCACCCCGGCUGUGCCAACGAAGUCGCUCACACUCCUGCGACAUUCACCAUUAAGGGAUUUGCGGAAGCGAAAGUCUACUAUGAAAGGUUGAUUCUCGCUCAUCCUUAUUCGAAGUCUGCUCGGCAUAUGCUCUCUGCGCUCCAUUUUUAUCCUGUCAUGUUCGAGCAUUGGAUCUUAGUCGCCCAAGAGGACAGUGGUCUGGAGAGAAACAAAAUAGAAAAAGAUGAAAUGUCUGACGAGGAAGACUUCGAUUAUGAUGAUCGAGCAUUACACAAGAAGCAGACACGUAUCUCGGCUGUUCGGGCCCAGGAACUUGAGCAGGCUCGGCAAAUCUCCAUACGCAUUGACGCUCUGCUUGCAACACCUCCUUAUUCGGACUCAGCAAAGUUGCUAGAAAUACGAGGCAUGGUGUCUCUUUGGAUUGGCGAUCUGCUUAUUUCUUCUCUAGAACCAACCCCAUUUCAGCAGGGAGCGCAGAUUUCCGAUGCACUCCUCACGGAUGGCUCGUACAGCUCGUAUGAAAGACAGCUCGCUCAAAGUCUGGCAGUGGAGAAAAGGAAACAGGCAGAGGAGCAAAGGCAAUUAGAAAUUGGCAAGGCCCGAGAUUUCUUGCAGCAAGCCAAGCGACGCGGAGUUGAAUGCGAUCUGGAUGAUCCCGAGGAAUUUUUGGGUGAUUCAGAAGAUAUUACUCAUGAAACAAGUAUAAAUACUUUGAAUGUAUAA